UUCCUGCUAAUAUUCCAUCAGUUUCUCGGGAAAAUCUACUAUGGCAGAUUGGACCCAACUCCCCAAGGAACUACUAGAACUUAUCUCCAAACGCCUAGGAACCCACUAUGACGUCAUCCGUUUCCGUUCCGUUUGCUCCACCUGGCGCUCCGCCGUUACUGCCCCCAACCGCUGCCGCAACCGCUUCGCUCCCCGUUUCCCGCUUCUCCCUAUUUCCUCCCAAUUCUCCCUCUCAAAGCGCUCCGUAUUCCUCCUCGGAUCACCCACAACUAGAACCCAAACAAACGCUUGGAGCCCCUCCUCGUGGGUAAUCAAAAUCGAAGAAGAUCCGAUGAACGGCAGAGUCCAGCUUUUGAACCCUCUCUCAAGGUCUCGUUUCGAUUCUCUCCCUGAUAAUUUCCCCAAACCUUUAAAUUUGUUGGAUUUUAGGGUUCUUGAAUUGGGUGAAGAAUAUGUGCUUCAUUAUUUAACUCAUCACAGUGUGGGCAACUUGUACAUGGAAAAAGUUGUCCUGUCUUGUUUAGAAGAUAAUGUUAAUGAUUUCAUUAUACUUACAAUUCAUGUUUCUGGGAAAUUAGCAAUGUUUAAAUCUAGUGUUAAGAAAUGGGCUAUAAUUCAAGACAUGCCAUCUCCUUUUGACGAUGUGAUAUUAUAUAAAGGGAAUUUUUAUGCUGUUGAUAAUACUGGUAGGACUGUGGUUGUGGGAUUGGAUUUCGAGACAAAUUUGAUUGCUAUGCCUGUUUUUGGUGGUGAUAAGAAGUUUUUGGUUGAUUCAAAGGGUGAGUUAUUGUUGGUUGAUAUGUAUUUGAGUAUUGAAUCUGAGCCCGGUUCAUCUUCUUCUUCGGCCGGUUUCGGGCUCGUCGAGGAGUAUUUUGAAAACCUUGCUUUGUAUAUGAACGAGAGGACGGUUAAGUUUAAGGUUUUUAAGUUGGAUGAUGUUGGUAAGCAGUGGGUUGAAGCUAAGGAUUUGGACAAUCGCGUGUUAUUUUUAGGUGAUGGUUGCACCUUUUCUGCUUCAAUAGAAGAUUUAUCCGUGUGUAGAGGGAAUUGCAUAAUCUAUGUGGAUAAUUUCUUCUAUUCACUCGGGGAAGAAGAUGGAGCGUCGGAGCAUUGUGAUAUAGGUGUAUUCGAUUUGGAAAGCGGUUCUAUAGGACCAUUAACAAAGUUUCCUCAAUUUUCCGAGCUAUUCUGGCCACCACCUCAUUGGAUUUCAUCCACAACAGCAUCGGAUUUCCGAUUUGGACAAUUCCGUUAAGCGCUCUGUCCAUGAGCCUGCCAUUUUAUAUUUACUUCUUGCACAAAUAAACGUCGGAGAAUCAGCCUAGCCUAUAUGAUCGGGUUGUAUAUGGCUGAUUGUCUACCUAUGGUUAUCGGAGAAUCAGCCUAGUGUAGUACGUGUCGUACUUCUGCUUCAUCAUUGGGCUGUAUAUGGCUGAUUAUCUACCUAUUGUUGUUCUUUGUAUAUACUAUCCAACUGAAGCAGCUAUCAUACUGAUCUUUUGGGAAUUCAAUCAUAAAUUUAUACUUUGCUCGGAUUCUUUUUUUUUUUCUGGAAA